UGCAAGUCGAUAAGACUAUAGCUGCAUACGCAUCCAGUCAUAGGUACUACCGAUCUCUCUUUGCCGACAAAGUCCACAGCUACACGCAUGUUGUUCCGUCCGCGCCGCCUUCAUUGAUUCGCUCGGUGUAAUUAGACCCUAGGCUAAUACACUGGUUAUGUCCGUUGCCGCAGUAUGGUCCAUUAAAACAUGUAGGCACCAAACGCUAUCAACCUCCACUCUCUUGCGUCUCAAAUUCCCUCAUGUAGGCAUAGUAUGUCGCAUGUUGCAUGCAGUCCACAUUCUGGGGUUGACAUCAGGCGUACAAAUUCUGUCUCUCUUCCUAUACGAUAGGGCCUUCUUCUGAUCCUUUUCUGCUGUCUUUCAACUUACGCCCAGCAUGGCGAACAACACAAACAAACAGAGGUCUUGGAUCCCUGGUAUUUUUCAAAAGUCGAAAGAUACCGGUGCCGAACCAGACGAACAUACGUCUCUCUUUCCACCCACACAACAUGACGAGUGGACAACCGGCGAAACGUACGAGUUUGAAGACGAUGCCGCCUCGAAAUCCCAAGUCAUCUUACUGGAAUUCUGGAUUCUACUCAAAGGCUCUUUACCUGUAGUGCUGGCUUAUGCACUCCAAAAUUCACUCCAAACGAUCUCUGUCCUGAUUGUAGGACGACUUUCUCCGGAGGCCUUGGCAACAGCUGCUUUCUCUUACAUGUUCGCUAUGGCUACAGGCUGGCUCAUUGCUCUCGGGGGGACCACGGCAAUUGAUACGUUGGCAUCCGCAAGUUUUACAGGAAGCAAGAAUCGUCACGAUCUAGGCAUCAUCCUACAGCGCUCGUUCAUCGUGCUCCUACUGUUUUACAUACCAGUUACAAUUCUUUGGUUUUGCUCGAAACCACUUUUCAAAGCUCUCGGCCAAGAAGAGUACAUCGCGCGGGACUCAGCGAAGUUCUUGACAGUGCUUGCUCCAGGCGGACUUGGUUACAUUUAUUUCGAGGCCUUGAAGAAGUAUCUACAAGCUCAAGAAAUCAUGAGACCAGGUACCUACGUUCUCCUCAUCACUUCCCCCUUGAGCGCCGGUCUGAAUUUCCUCUUCAUCUACACAUUCCAGAUGGGACUUCUCGGCGCACCGCUCGCUACUGGGAUUUCCUACUGGGUUUCGUUCCUUCUCCUCCUCGCCUACGCACGAUUUGUGGACGGUUGGCAAUGCUGGGGAGGUUGGAGUCGAAAGUGUCUCCAGAACAUGUCGGUAUUUGCGCGCUUGGCUUUUCUCGGAGUCAUACACGUUGGGACAGAAUGGUGGGCAUUCGAGAUCGUUGCUCUUGUCGCCGGCAAACUCGGAACGAUACCACUGGCUGCACAAAGUGUGAUCAUGACAACUGAUCAGGUGCUGAAUACGAUACCUUUUGGAGUGGGAGUUGCUACCUCUUCUCGCGUUGGCAACCUCCUGGGAUCGCGCAAUGCAAAGGGCGCAGCAAGAGCUGCAAAUACCGCAGCUGUGUUGAGUAUGAUAUUGGGCACCCUUGUUCUGGCCAUCCUGAUGGGAGUCAAGGACGUUUACGCAAAGAUCUUCAACGAUGACAUUGAAGUUAUCAAACUCACAGCGCAGGUGAUGCCCUAUGUCGCACUUUUCCAAAUUGCUGAUGGGCUCAACGGAAGCUGUGGUGGAGCUUUACGAGGAAUGGGCAGACAACACAUCGGGGCCACCGUCAACAUUGUCAGCUAUUAUUGCGGAGCCUUACCACUGGGCAUCUAUCUGGCUUUCCACGGCUGGGGUCUUGCUGGGCUUUGGAUUGGUCAGUGCAUUGCCCUGUACCUAGUCGGUUUUGGAGAGUGGGCCAUUGUGGCCUGGAGCAAUUGGGAUUAUCAAGUCAAAAAGGCGUUUGAGAGGAUGGACUCGGACGACCGGGCAGAAUUGGGUGUCGCCGAGGACGAUGAGCCGAACGCAGAGUAGAACUAGAUAAGUUGCCGGCAUAUUUCAAGCUUAGUAACGGUGUUUGAACAAUUACACGAGUAGAGAUAGAUAGGAGUUCCGGUGAUCUCAUGCACUAUGUGUCAAAAAACUACCCAAAAUGGGCG